CUUUUUGAAGACUGAAUACUAGGGACAGAUUCUAGAGGCAACAUAUUUGAUCUACAUUCGUAACGGCUCUAAAUGCCACAGGUACCGAUUACCAUAGAAACCCGAAACCACAGAUAUAUAUUUAAGGUGGUAAGCCUGUGCUAUAACGGUAACGCAUCCUCCUUGUGAAGGAUCGUACACGAAAUGCAUUGUGGUCAGUACUCCGGCUAUGGGCGGAAGCCGAUCAGCAGAUCCGAAGUGACAAUCAUGACUGCUCUAAGGCACACUUGCUACUUGGAUACGCGCAAUAAUCGGAGAAAAGAAGAGCAAUGGUCGUUGGGAGUAUGUCGGAUUAGAAGAAAAGAAACCAGUCAGAGGCGGGCUGUGACUCGAGGAUGUGGCUUCCUUGUUAAGAAUCUGAUCAUCCCUGACCCAGCCCGUAGUUGCAACCUUAGCUACCCCUAUUGCCUCAUAACGACCAUCCAAGUCAUCGAUGUCGGCGAUUCCCUGGAAUAUUAUUAUUUGGAGUUUCAAAAGUUACAUAAAAAGUUGAAAACAGUUCCACUACAAGGAAUCGCAGAUGUGGAGUACGUGCAUCGCACUUGUAACGUGGUUUUCAUGCGCAUAACGCCUUCCGGUAAAUAUCCUGCGAACAAGGAGAGCCUUUUUACUUAUCGACCAUUUGGGGUUACCAACGGUAACGUGAAUGAAAGGAAUUCGAACGAUUUGUUGUGUGUUUUCGUGGAAGACAAGGAUAAAUCUUUCGAUGUGAUAGACCUGAGGAUUCAGCGGAAAGUUGAACAAAACUCGGACAGGAUAUAUUUCCAAAUCAGUGAAGACAACGAGAAUUUCACGACCUACAACGAACUCACUCGCAACAUAAACCGUAAGCCGUAUGGCGGUGUGAUCUUGAGGCGUCAAGAAAACCAAGUUGACAAGUAUAUUGCGGAUGGAUGCCUUGAUUUUACCAACGACAGUUCAAGAUCUCUAAGUCCUGUCUUCUUCCCUCCCCCUUAUACAGAUACUAGCCAAGAUGGUCCCCAAAUAUUAAAUGGAACUUCCUCAGGAGACGGAGCAUUUGAGGCAGUGCAUCUUAGUCAUGAAGCACCUUUCAGCAAUACUAUUGUCACUACUGCUCCUGCUUCUCCACCUACUCCUGGUACCAGCACCGCUACAGUCACCACCACAACCACUACCUCUGUGACUGUUGCACCUGCCCUUGCUCUUGACUCUGCUGUUGAUAUCACUGUCACUGUGACUCCUGCACCUGUCCCUGCUGCUGCUCCUUGUAGUACACCUACUACUGUCCCAACCACUGCCAUAGUAGCUGCUGUACCAGCCCUUUCUUCUGUGUCUGCUAAUGCUAUUGUCACGACUGCACCUAGCUCCACUCCGGUGUCUGUUACUGCUGGCAGUAUGCCUAACACUGUCCCUUCCACCAUGAUGGGGACUGCAGCACCAGCCCUUGCAUCUGUGUCUGCUGCUGCUAUUACUGCCACAGUGACUGCAGCACCCACCCCCACUCCUGUCUCUGCUGUUGCUACUAGUAGUACAACAGUCACUGCUCCUACCACUUUAACUGUGACUGCUGCAUCUGAUCUUGCUGCUGUCAUGACUGUCACUGCUGUUGGCACUACUGCCAUCACAGGUGCCAGUGCCUCCACUACCAUUACCACUGACACUGUUGCCACUACUUCUGCUGGUAUUCCUGCAAUACUUGUUACUGCUACUGGUCCCAGAGUAGCGGUUGCACCUCAAAUUAUGGAAGAAGAGAACACAGAUAUUGGAGACCUCACUCAGGUUAGAACACCUACACAAGUGGAAGCUGGCAAUGGACAUGAAAAUUUUCUUGUUUCAGAGAUACUAGUCCUCCCGCAAUACAAAGUCCUUUAUGACAAGUUAGUGCGUUCCCUUGAUAACAGAGCAAAUCUUUGUAUUGCUAAUUGGGAACAUCUGGCAUGUGCAAUGGAGGCACCCAAGUUGGUUCGUCUCAAGUGUAAAUUGAGCACAAAUUACAGCCACACUGAAAUGCUUUUGGAGGUCUUGGCAGUGCGUGAGAAUAAGGAAGUUGUUACUGUGAAAGACUUGAUUGCUGCCCUGAAGAGUAUAGGAAGAAAUGAUAUUGUGAGGAUGAUUACAAAGGUCCAUUGUGAUGCUAAAAGUUCUACAGAAUCACUCAGAGACUUCAAGGAUUCUUCUUCUAACCAUGAUUUGCUUGAGGGCAUCAUCACUCAGCUGGAUGAUAAGACAUUAUCAGGAAUUAAAAUUCAUUGGAAGCAUUUAGGCUCGCAAUUUCAGAUUUCGCUUGAAAAGCUGGAGGUGAUUGAAUUUUGUGCCCCAUAUAAUCCAACAAAGAGCUUGAUGGAGUACCUCCUUGUAAACGAAGAAGAUCUUACUAUGAGAACUUUCUUUGAAAAAGUAAGGCAAAAGUUCAAACGAUUAGAUGUCGUAUAAAUUUUAGAACCUUUCCUUGAGGGGGACAGUGAUAAUGGAAAGCUAUUGAAAAAUGUGAUCAAUCUAGAUUCAGAAUGUAUGGACAAAUUUUAUGUUUGCCUAAACAAGAAAAACCCAGCACUUCAAAACUGGAAGGACCUUGCACAGUCUUUCAACAUUUCUCGUGAUGUGUACAGAGUUUUUGACCAGAGGGAGCUCAAUAGUCCCACUAAACAGCUGUUUGAAUGGCUGUUUGUGAACAGGACUGAACUUACAUUGCGUCAA